AUGAAUCGCAGAAGGCAUAGUAGAACUGCCGAUCCCCCAGAUGAAUCGUUGAAGCGGAGGAAGAUCGUCGCUUGCGAAAGAUGCCAUUCCCAUAAAAUCAAGUGUUCAGGCGGUCAGCCUUGCACCAAAUGUCGGCUUGUUGGCUGUGCGGACGAGUGUCAAUACCCCUCACGAGACCGCCAGGUUAAAGUCAGCGAGAGCUAUCUAGAGCAGAUCCUGACAGAGAAUCAGCGCUUGAAGGAGCAAUCGGCAUCCUCGGCCAACACCCCCGAGGCAGGCCAUCCCGAACCGGAGCAGCCACGACCCCCAGGCGGCGCGCCGGAUGAGGGCAGUACUAGUAUUCGGAAUCCUAUAAUCGGCGAGCGGGCAUGGUUUCAUGCCUACGAUCCCUCAGCGCCGCCUAUUUUCGUUGGCGAGGCGGCUUGCACCGCAUUCGCAACUCGCCUGCGCCAGUUCCUGUCAGGCACCAAUACCACGGCGCAUAUACGGCGCACGCAGUAUGUCAAGGAAGAGAAUAUUGCGCAAGCCAAUGCGGGCGACAUUCAAUGGCCGAGUCUCCAACAGGCGCGGUUGCUGGUCAAGAUCGCCAUUCGACAGAUCAGCUGUGUUUAUCAUGUGCUGCUCCGGAAGCCGACAUUGGACAAGUUGGAGGAGAUAUACCGGACAGGCGAUUUCCAGUGCACCGUUAAUCAAUGCAAGUUCUUUGCCCUGUUUGCGUUUGGAGAGGCGUAUUCCAUGCGCAGUGAGCCAUCUUCUGGUUCUAGGGUUCCGGGUACCUCGUAUUUUGCACGUUCUUUGAGCUUGGUGCAGGUGCUGCCGGAGAGGACGAGUAUCACGCAUCUCGAAACUUUAUUACUCCUGUCGUUAUUUUCUUACUAUCUGAAUCGUCGACACUCGGCCUAUGUUUUAAUCGGGAGCGCCAUGCGCUUGGGCUUGUGCAUUGGACUAAACCACAACAUCCCCGAGUCUCAACUCAUUGACCCGGUCGAGCGUCAACACCGAGUGCGUAUCUGGUGGACGAUAUAUAUAUUCGACCGCAUGUGGGCAUCAAAGAUGGGCCUGCCAUCGCAGAUAUUAGACGACGAUAUUCAUCUCGACAUGCCAUCGAGAAUUGAGCCCAAACAAGUAUACGAAGAGCAGUUCACUGAUGCCGAGUAUAUCGAAGCCAAUAUAAACCUUGCUCGGAUAGUUGGCGAGACAACAGCUAAAGUAUACAGCCGGCGCAAGUACAAUGAGACAUUCAUGCAGCGCGUCCAGAAGUUAUUGAAGGCGCUGAAGAACUGGGUUGACACCCUGCCCAAGCAUCUUCGUCUCAAUGUUGAUGAUCCCGAAACGAAUACCAAACACAUCACGUCAAUACAUCUUGCAUUCAACCAGUGCGUCAUCCUCACCACACGCCCAACCCUCCUCCAUCUCCUCAAACUCAACGAAACCAACAACCCUCGCGACAACACAAACCCGAACUCAAACGAAAAUUUGAAUGCAAAUUCAGAAAAAGAGUCCGUCUCGCAACCCCUCCUUACCCUAGGAGAAGCCUGCAUUCAUGCCGCGCGGCACUCACACUCCCUCAUCCUCACAAAAUGGAUCAACGGCUCCCUCCCCGUCUUCGGCUACUUCCACGCCCACUAUCUCUUUUCCGCCUCAUUAGUCCUUGCUAUGUCAUCCUUUGUCCCAAUAGGAAGUCCCACCGACCUCGGGGCUUUCGAAACAGGCCUCGAGGUGCUGGCUUCUAUGAGCGAAAACGGUAACCUUUCUGCAUCCGAGUUUUACCAUAACCUUAAACAUGUCAAGCAGUGUCUUGAUACUUACCGUGCUGAGCGGAGGGGGAAUAAUGCUAGGCGGAGAGUCGCCGCUACUGUUCCUCCUGGGCUAAGUGGUAGCAAUCAGUUACCAUUCGGAACUUCUGUGCCACUAGCCGCACCCCCAACGGCGCUGAUGGGCUCGAGCCCGGGACAGACUCAGGGUCCAGUCCACGCACCAGUAGACGGUCUUAUGAACCGGUACACCACUCAAUCCAACCCCAAUCCUGGACAAGGACCCAAAAUCAGCCAAGGACAGCAACAGGAAGAUCCACCCGCCAGAGACCUAGCGGGAGGAUUCACAACCGCAAUGGCGUUCAUGGAGCCCACGAUGCAAGACUUUCUUGCCCAGUCGGAUCUAGAUCUGGGCUUGUUGUACCCCGUUGAGACGUUCAUGGAUGAUACGGAGAAUUUAUAUUCGGGGCAUGAGUUUACAUAA